AUGGCUUACGAGGUGUUCUCGCACCCGGCUCUAGUUCGCUACAGGACGAGUCUCUUCUCAAAGGCGUCGCUGUUCAUCGUAGCCACGCUUCUGCUCACCUACAUUCCGCCUCUGCUCGUCGUCUACCGCAGCCAAGGCUUCUGGCUGAGAACAGCCUCAUUUGUGGAGCAGCCGACCGUGAAGUUCAACUACGACAUUAUGCUGCUGUUGGAGACGAACUCAAUGCCCAUCGCAUGGAGCACGUUCGAGAACCUCAACUCUCUGCUGCCCAAGCUGCACACUCCUUUCGUGACCGCGAGGGAGGAGGAUGUGAAUCUGGACGGAAAAGCAGACCGGUUACACUGUUCCCUGUCCAUGCCAAUGACCGCUGCAGAUGAAGUGGUUGGUGUGCAUCUUCUGCUCACCUUUUCCUACAAGCUGUUUCGAAUGCCCACGCUGGUGAUGCAGAGCAUGGCCCUGGUGCAGCAUUCUUCCCCGCUGCAUGGCUCUGAGCUGAGCGUCAAUGGAGACCUGCGUCUUCGGCAGCGAGAGCCACUUGCUCACCGUGGCCUGGACACGCGUUACAAUGUUUCAGUGGUCAAUGGUAGCAGUCCAUUUGCCGAAGCUUACGAUUUUACCGAGAUAAUCCACGCCUAUCAGGAAAGGAAUGUGAGUACAGUACUUGGCAACACGAUGGCCAUGUGGAAGUCGGGCCGAGCUGGUACCAUCCCCUUCGUCAUUAACCUGCUCAUCCGCUACCCAGAGGAGACCAUCCUUUACCAGCCAGGCUUCUGGGAGCAGAUAAAGUUUGGCUGGGUGCAGUACGUCAGCGUUCUGCUCAUCUUCCAUUGGGUCUUCCAGAGAAUCAAAACGUUUGUGUUUGAGAAUCAGGUUCUCCGAACAAUCCCCAUCAACCCCUUCAAAAUACACCGAGCAUGACAACUUUGCACAGCAGAUGGCCUCUAUGCUCAUCAGGGACAUCAGUCUGGACAGUGCACUGCAACCAAAUCUGUACCCAUAUGUUGAGCCCUUGCAAAAAAAAUAUUUAAAUGGUUCAGUAAUUAUUUAAUUUCAGUGGGGACGACCUUGCAAGUUGCAUUAAAUUCAGGAUGUAGAAAGAGCACAUAAGGCAGGUGGUGCAACUGAUCACUUGCGUUCCUUAAUCUUCCCACAGCAGGUGAAGUUAAUGUAUUACAGGGGAUAAAAUGCAUACAGUGGAUAACAUGUCUAUGUUUCGUACCAUAUCGAUGCCUUAAAGGAAACAGGGAUGCAAUACCGUAACCCUACUGGCAUAAUAUUAACUGAUGUAGAAUGCCAAUCUUGGCAAAGCAGGACAGCUUUAGACAAUUUUCUGUAAAUUGUAACAUGUGCCUUUAUUACUAUUAUGGGCUCAAGGAUCCUUAAUGAGGUGUAAACAUUGCAGCAUAGAAUCUCACAGCAUUAUCUUAAGUAUAUAAUACAUUUCACCACCUAAUUACAGUUUCUAAAAUUACUUAAUAUUUCAAUGAACACCAGAUCAAGAAUCUUUGUUUUGUUAGACAUGUUGUUUGCUUUAUUUUCUGUUUCACACAUUCAAGUUCUGCAUUUUAUAAAUCAAGUGUGUAAGUUAUUUGAGCAAAAAUUUUACAAAUUCCUUUUGGCUCAAACAUGUUUUGUAAAAUUAUAGUUAUAUUUGUGCAUAUACUACAUUUUCCCAUGCAGAACAUAAGAUGGUGCAUGUGUGUGUGUACACGUGGUUUUGUACUGUGAAAUUAAACAUUCCAAAGUUCGAAAA